AUGGGUAGUUUUCUAUGGGAUGAUGAAUAUAAUAAUGGGUGUUAUUCACAACAUCAUAAUGGUCGACCAUUAUCUGUGGCUUUAACCGAACCAUUUGAUCCAUUUGAACCUCAAGCAACAUCAUUUUUUGAUGAUAUUCCUUAUAUAGAAAGCGAUUUUGCAUCACUUAAUCGUCAUCAUCAACAUCAUCACCAUCGAAGUCGUUCAUCUGGUCGACGAUAUAAACGAGAGUGUUAUAGUGUACACUAUCCAAAUGUUACUUUUAAUUCGUAUUGUUUUUCCCCACCACCACCACCACGCCGACCAAUAAAUCGUGCUCGUUCCAGAGAAAUACUUGUUGAAAAAAUAGAAACAGUCACGAUAGAAGAGCAACAACGUCGACCGCCUCCAUCUUAUAUGGUUUCAUUUGUACGUACACCAUCACCAACUGUACGACAACUUAAAGUACGUCCACGUCCUUCGUCUUGUUUUGAUUUACAUAAAGAAUCAACAGAUAUUCACCAGCAACAAAAAGAAAAUCGAUGGUCAAAAGUUGUUGAUGAACAUCACGAAGAACAUUUUCAAUAUAGUUUUAAUUAUAAUAAAACUCCAGAUCGUAUUGUUCCAAUUGAACGUGAGCGACCACCUCCACCACCAAGAGUUAUUUUGCACGAUGCAACAACAUCAACUGACGAUCUUUAUAUACCACCACCACCACUUCCACCAAAACAAGUUCGUCCUGAAACAAGAGAAACUGGUACAACAACAGCUGGUUUACCAAGACGACCAUUAUGUGUUACAGAAACUCAAGUAAUUGAACGAUUUGAAAAAACUGAAAAAGUACGAUGUGAUUCAGCAUCAAGUACAGACGGUGGAUCAGGUACACUAUCAAAACCAUGUAAUUCUUUAAAUUAUUGUACUGCUGCUGAUCGUCAACGUGAAAAAAAUCGUGUUAUUGUUCGACAAACAUCGAAACCACGUGAAAUUCUUGUUGAUACAUCUGGCAUAUUUGGUUGUACGGGUCAAUUUUCUGAGCCAACAACACCACAAAUUAUUGCAAAUGGUUGUACAACAAAAUCGCGAUCACCUUUUCAACCACCUGAUUUAAUUUAA